AUGGCAAUCACUCGUUCAUCAUCAUCCCCUUCUCCAGUUCUCAAACAAAAAUCAAAAAUAGGCAAGAAAUCGUUGGCCAGCAAAUCCAAGGGUAAACGCCCGAUCAUUGAAGAUUAUGAUUCUGAUUUUGAAGCUCCAAUGCCCAAGCGUGGGAGACCCCAUUCUUCGAAGAAAACGAAGCUCAACUUGGAGGAGCACACGGUUCCAGAAAUUUCUGGGAAAAAAACUAUUUCACCUGCUGAAGAUCGGACUCAGGUUUGGGACUGUAAAUUUAGUCCUUCUGAUUUUUACAGAUCUAAGUGUGUAUGCACCAGUGUUUAUUCCGUGAUAGAUAAUAUUAAGAACACUUUAUCUGUUAAUUUGCUUUCUUUGUUUCGUCAAACUCAGUUUGGGCAUUUUCUGGAUAUGCCUGAGUUUGUUUUUCAUCCGCAAGUCGUACAUAGUUUAUUACUAAGGGAAGUUUUCCAGCCCAAUCCUAAAGAGUUUUGGGCUAAGGUUGCUGGCCGUUGCAUACGGUUUAGUGUCGAAGAAUUUUACCUGAUUUCUGGUUUAGAUUGUUUCGGUGAUUGUAACAAGUUGUUGUUUUCACAGGAAACAAAUCAAUUGGUAGAAACAUGUUUCCGUGGUGUAAAAACUAUUGACCACAAAGCCAUCGACAACUGAUUGUCUUGUUUGGCACCAUGAGUUGAGUGGCGUAUACUCGGUGAAGAGUGCUUUUAAUUUGCUUCAGAAAGCGAAAGGAGCUUGGAAUACUGUUGAAGCUUCGAAGUUUUGGAAUGAACUUUGGAGAUUAAAAAUACCUCCAAAGGUUAAGAACUUGAUUUGGAGAGGAGGAACUAAUUGUCUCCCAACAAAGGUCCAAUUGAUUACUAAAAGGGUUGAUGUUGAUAGCCUAUGUCCCGUAUGCAACUCGCAUAAUGAAACAAUAAUGCAUGUGCUUGCUUAUUGUCCUAUUGCAGCUCAAUGUUGGGAGAGGGUAGCUAUUACCACGCCUACACAGCAAGAAAACUGCUUCUUGGACUGGUGUGUCUCGGUCUUCAAUAAUGCCAACACAGAAACUUGUCGAAUGUUUUGUAUCUUAUGUUGGGCAAUUUGGGGAGCAAGAAACGACAAAGUAUGGAAGAACAAAGACUCUACUGCCUCUUUUAUUUAUGCUUUCGCUGCUACGUACCUUGAGCAAUGGAAUUCGACACAAGCUCCUUAUUUGGAGACAUCACGGACUGGACUACUGGCCGGGGAUGGGAAUGACCGAUGGUGCGCUCCAGCUGCUAAUGUAAUCAAGGUUAAUGUGGAUGCAUCAAUAUUUGAGGGUAGACAAGACUAUGGCUAUGGAAUGGUGGCUAGAGAUGAACAUGGUUUUAUGUUGGAGGCUACUUCUCGGCUUUGUCAUGGGAGUGUACGUCCGGAGUUAGCUGAGGCAAUUUGAGUCCGAGAGGCUCUAAGUUGGAUAACAAAUAAAAAUUGGCCGCAGGUGACUCUAGAGACUGAUUGUUUGGUGGUGGUACAAGCAAUUUGUAAUCCAACUCUUAUGACUUCUCUGUUUGGUGAUGUAAUAAAAGAGUGUCAAAAUCUGCUUGUGAACUUAUGUGGUGUUACUAUUUCUUUUGUAAAACGGUCAGCAAAUUUAGUAGCUCAUGAAAUUGCUAGAGCUGUUAUUUCUUACUCUGAUCGUAUUUUCAGUAUGGGGAAUGUCUCAACUGAUUUGCUUCCGUUUUUGGUUGCUGAAUUUGAAGUUUAAUAAAGUUUGAAUACUUUCUUAAAAAAAAAAACUUAAAUUUUUCAAAAAAAAAAAUAAUAAAUUAAUA